UAAAUCAAUGAUUAAAAGGUUGAAAAUCGCAGAAAAUGUUGAAAAUGCUGUAAUCUCGCAAUUCACGAGACUUGCCGAGGCCACAAAUUCAAGAUGGCGGCGCCAAUGUUGAAGGAUAAAGGCAGCCUUCAGUUUGAAGACAAGUGGGACAGCAUGCGGCCCACUGUGCUGAAGCUGUUACGUCAGGAGCCAGUCACCAGGGCUGAGUGGCAGGACUUGUUCUGGGAUGUACACUCAGUGUGUCUGUGGGAUGACAAGGGACCAGGGAAGGUUCACAAGGCCCUACAGGACGACAUCCUGGAGUUCAUCAAACAAGCGCAGCAGCGCACUUUGACCCAUCAGGACGACACAGCCUUGCUGAAGGCGUACAUAGCGGAGUGGAGGAAGUUCUUCACGCAGUGUUCGUACCUCCCCAAGCCGUUCGGCCAGCUGGAGACCUCCCUUGCUGGCAAGACCGUCAGUAGUGUGCAGAAAAAGAACAGCCCGGAGGACAGUAUUGUUAGGAAGCUUAUGUUGGACAGCUGGAAUCAGAGCAUCUUCUCGAACAUCAAACAGCGACUCCAGGACAGCGCAAUGAAGCUGGUACACUCGGAGAGGAUGGGCGAGGCCUUCGACUCACAACUGGUCAUCGGGGUUAGGGAAUCAUAUGUGAACCUAUGCUCAGAUCCUGAGGACAAGCUAAAGAUAUACAAGGAAAACUUCGAGGCAGCCUACAUAGAGGCAACGGAGGCCUUCUACAAGGCACAGGCACCACAGUACCUGGCUGACAACGGGGUCCAGAACUACAUGAAAUAUGCUGAUAUGAAACUAAAGGAGGAAGAACAACGAGCCAUGAGAUACCUGGAAACCAGGAAAGGGUGUGACUCUGUGCAAAAGAAAAGCCUCCAUAUAGGACAGGUAGCAAGCCAGCAGUUUCAGCUUACAGAGUGCUGUGUUCACGUACUAGUAACUGCCUUCAAGGAAACCAUCCUUGCCGAGUGCUCAGUUAUGAUCAAGAGAAAUGAAACAGACAAGCUGCUGCUAAUGUUCCAGCUGUUAGACCGGGUGCCAGACGGCAUCAACCCCAUGUUGAGGGACCUGGAGGAGCAUAUCAAGAACCAGGGCCUGGCCGACAUGGUGGCUGCUGCAGAGACUAUCACUUCUGAUUCUGAGAAGUAUGUUGAACAGCUGCUGUCGCUGUUUAACAUCUUUAGUAUGCUAGUCAAGAAAGCCUUCAGCGACGACCCUAGAUUCCUUACAUCCAGGGACAAGGCUUACAAGCAUGUAGUGAACGACACAACUGUAUUUAGGUUAGAGCUUCCUUCUAAACAAAAGGGUGUAGCAAAGACUCAGCCAGAAUCCAAAUGUCCGGAGUUGUUAGCCAACUACUGCGACAUGCUGCUGAGAAAGACUCCUCUCAGCAAGAAACUCACAUCUGAUGAAAUAGAUGCCAGACUUAAAGAUGUGUUACUAGUGCUGAAGUACGUGCAGAACAAGGAUGUGUUUAUGAGGUACCACAAGGCCCACCUGACCCGCAGGCUCAUCCUAGACAGUUCCGCUGACAGCGAGAAGGAAGAAAACAUGGUGGAGUGGCUCAGGGAAGUAGGCAUGCCGGCUGACUAUGUCAACAAACUGGCCAGGAUGUUCCAAGACAUCAAAGUCAGCGAAGACCUGAACAGUCAGUUUAAGGAAGCCAUUCGGGACAAGGGGCAUGGUUCUAUAGCAGAUUGUGUAAAUAUCAAGGUACUAAACGCGGGUGCCUGGGCGCGUAGUUCGGAGCGAGUAUUUGUGUCGCUGCCCAUGGAGCUGGAGGACUACAUCCCGGAGGUGGAGGAGUACUACAGGAAGACUCACAGCGGCAGGAAACUGCAGUGGCAUCAUCUCAUGUCCAACGGCAUUAUAACCUUCAAAAACAAAGUGGGUCAGUACGACCUGGAGGUCACGACCUUCCAGAUGGCGGUGUUGUUUUCGUGGAACCAGAGGCCUAACGAGAGAAUACCGCUGGAGAACCUGAGGUUAGCCACGGAGCUUCCCGAUACAGAGCUCAGGAGAACUCUAUGGUCUUUAGUGGCCUUCCCCAAGAUUAAGAGACAGGUCCUGGUGUAUGAACCUGAGGCUCAGUCACCCAAGGACUUCCAGGAAGGGACAGUCUUCUGGGUCAACCAGGAGUUUGGCCUCAUUAAAAAUGGCAAACUCCAGAAGAGAGGAAAGAUCAACCUGAUUGGCAGACUGCAGCUGUCCACUGAGAGAACACGGGAGGAAGACAAUGAAGGCAUCAUACAGCUCAGGAUACUCAGGACACAGGAGGCUAUAGUGAAGAUCAUGAAGAUGAGAAAGCGUAUCUCCAACGCCCAGCUGCAGACAGAGCUAGUGGAGAUCCUUAAGAACAUGUUCAUCCCCUCCAAGAAGAUGAUUAAGGAACAGAUUGAGUGGCUGAUCGAACACAAAUACAUGAGGAGAGACGAAGACAACAUCAACAUGUUUAUCUACAUGGCAUAGGCUGGGAAAGCUGCAACAACAUAUCUGGAAGUCAUAGACUUCAGCCAACUCCCCUCCCCUGCAACAUGGACCCUCCCAGAACCACAAUCUAAGUAUUCUUUAUCUGCAGGUCAUACCAUUCAGAUGAACUUCGGAGGUAGAUCUGGUAAAAGCUAAAAGCUGCAAAUUAGGAAGAUGCUUAUUUUUCCGUAUGUUCCCAUUUUCCUGGUUUCUUGGGACUCGCCAAAACAAGUUUUUAUGGAAAAAAAUUUAUUUAUGGCCACAAUCAUCAGAUGUCAUGCCAACUUUUUGUACAUAUGAUUCAGUAUUUGCAGAUCACACAAACAUGCGAAUAGACAUGUGUAGACAGUAAGAGCUGGACAAUUUGCAGUACAAAUUGCUUCUUAAGCUUUUGUAUUUUGAUGUCUAUGUGUACAUUUGUACUGUCCAUGGUAAACAAAUAGGAACCCAUAGAAAGAAAAAAGGGUAAUAAUUUCUACAUGCUAGGAAAAUCUGUUAUUAAAUGGAGGUAAAAAAAAGCAUUUUAUGUUAGCCCCCACCACAUUAU